AUGACUGAUGCUGAGCACGGUCUUCACGCUCCUCACUACGGAUGGUCCCAUUCUGGUAUUUUGCAAACUUUUGACCACCAGUCCAUCAGAAGAGGUUACCAAGUCUACCGUGAGGUGUGCUCGUCAUGCCACUCGUUGAAGCUUGUUGCCUGGCGUUCUUUAGUCGGUGUCUCGCACUCUGCAUCUGAGGCCAAGUCUAUGGCUGAGGAGUUCGAAUACGAUGACGAACCCGAUGAUGAGGGUAACCCCAGAAAGAGACCUGGUAAGCUUGCUGAUUACAUGCCUUCUCCUUAUGAGAAUGAGCAAGCAGCUCGUGCUGCCAACCAAGGUGCUUUGCCCCCAGAUCUUUCCUUGAUUGUCAAGGCUCGUCACGGAGGCUGCGAUUACAUUUUCUCUUUGCUUACUGGAUAUCCCGAUGACGCUCCUGCCGGUGUCACUUUACCUGUUGGUCUUAACUACAACCCUUACUUCCCCGGUGGAGGUAUUGCCAUGGCCCGUGUCUUGUUCGACGGUCUUGUUGAGUAUGAAGAUGGUACCCCAGCCACCACCUCGCAAAUGGCCAAGGAUGUCACCACUUUCUUGAACUGGGCUGCCGAACCCGAGCACGACGAGCGUAAGCGUGCUGGUCUCAAGGCUGUCACUACCUUUGCUGCUCUCUGGGCCCUCUCCGUCUGGGUCAAGAGGUGGAAGUGGUCUUCCAUCAAGAACAGAAAGAUUGUCUACCGCCCUCCUCCCAAAUACUAG